UACACACGUCCUUACUGUUUCCAUGAUGAUCGUCAAACUAUGGGAGCUUCGCUCUGCAGCCUUUACAAGGGCAGUUUUUGUGGAAUUUUUUGCCACCCUUUUAUUUGUUAUGUUUGGCUUAGGUUCAUCUUUAAACUGGCCUGGAGCACCUCCAAGUGUUCUUCAAGUUGCCUUAGCUUUUGGCCUCGGCAUAGGCACUUUAGUUCAGGCUUUUGGCCAUGUAAGUGGUGCCCACUUAAACCCAGCUGUAACGCUGGCAUUUAUGUUGGGCUCUCAGAUUUCCUUCCUGCGAGCAGUUUUUUAUGUGGGUGCUCAGUUACUGGGAGCUGUGUCUGGAGCGGCCAUAAUUCAAGGGCUCACUCCCUUUGAAGUCAGAGGAAACUUAUCAGUAAAUGGGUUAUUCAACAACACAGAGGCAGGGAAGGCUUUUGUUGUAGAGCUUUUUCUAACACUUCAACUAAUCUUGUGCAUAUUUGCAUCUACUGAUGAUCGAAGGACAGAUAUCGUAGGUUCACCAGCUUUGUCUAUUGGACUGUCAGUGACACUUGGACACCUCCUUGGUAUCUAUUACACAGGUUGCUCCAUGAACCCUGCAAGAUCAUUUGCACCAGCAGUAAUGACUGGGAUUUUCAAUGCCCAUUGGGUCUUCUGGCUUGGACCAUUGUUUGGAGCCACGAUAGGAUCUUUGAUGUAUCACUUUAUAUUAAUUCCAAACACUAAGACCUUCUCAGAAAGAAUAGCAAUCUUACGGGGAGAGCUGGAGCCUCAAGAAGACUGGGAAGAGAGGGAUAUGCGUAGAAGACAAUCAAUGGAGCUACACUCACCACAGAUAAUACCAAAAAGUGGCAUGACGGAAAAAGUUUGAGAGAAAAUGUUGGAGAGAAAAAAAAACGGAAGUGCUUGAGUAGGGGAUAUUUGAAUCUGUGUCCUGUCUGGUCACAAGUGUGUUUGGCCAAAUGUAACAGUUUGUGAUACCAUAUUGUACAUUAUCAUGAAGAACAUGAAUGCAUGUAACAAAAGUAAUCUGGUAAACACCAAAACUAAACUAACAUCAUUCCUACUAGUAAUUUAUCUGUGUUCAAUGUAACAAAUACUAUGAAAUUGUGUUACAAUAUUUUGAAAUUAUAAUCACUUUCAAUUUGCAGACUGUGCUGAUUGGCUGGAAGUGUUACUACUAAUAUAUCUGAUCAAUCUGGGGAAAAGUGGAGCCCAACAUUGGCUACUGAAUUAUUGGAGAAGAUAAUAUAAGUAUAGUAGAUACAAUCUAUUAACACAUCUUUAGAACAGUAUUGUAGCAUCUCUCUCUGGCUUUAUAUGUAAGGACUUGUUUCAUCUCUAAUAGUUUUCUGCUGGUUAUUAUUUCAAGGGAUUAUCUACCAUCUUGUAAAAAAAAAUGUAUCAUGCUGGAGAUUGGAAAAGAAAUAGAAAAAAACGAUGUACCCAGCCUCAGUCCCCACAGCUCCAGUUCUGUUCUUUCUGCUCCCCUGGUCUAUUGUCAUCUUGCUGCAUUCGAGAUAAGCAUUCAGUGCAGAACUUGCCUGCUCAGCCUAUCAUGUCAAUCACUGACCCGUGGACAGGUGGACAGGUCCUGCACCAAGUGCUUGUCUCAGAAGCAGACGAAAGACCAAACCAGAGCUGUGGGGGACCAUUAAAAGAAUUGGGGCUAGGCAAGUAUAAUUUUGGGGCUAGGCAAGUAUAAUUUUGGGGCUAGGCAAGUAUAAUUUUGGCACAAUAGGAAUUUAAGCAAAAUUUUGAAUAACUGCUUAGAUUUUCAAUGUUAUAUUAUUAUUGGGUGACAUUCCGGGACUUUGGCAAUAAAUAACCAUAAUG